GGUGAGAGAGACUGCUAGAGUCUAGAGAUAUUCUCAGCGUUUACAAGAGUCGCUAUUUCAGUUAUCAGUUACACGCUUACUAUUCUACACUAUAAACACUCGACCAUAUACCGCUCAUUUCUUCUUCAGCUCAUUCUGACUGUUCAAUAUGCAGGCGAGCGACAGGUUUAAUAUAAACUCGCAGCUCGAGCAUUUGCAGGCUAAAUAUGUCGGUACAGGGCACGCCGACUUGACUCGAUUUGAAUGGGCGGUGAAUAUCCACCGAGAUAGCUACGCCUCGUACGUCGGGCAUUAUCCGAUUCUGGCCUACUUUGCCGUCGCUGAAAAUGAAUCCAUUGGGAGAGAGCGCUACAAUUUCAUGCAGGUAUGCCUUCUGUACGCUUUUUUUGUGUGUGUGUGUGUGUGUGUUUGGAGCAUGUCUAGUCAUCUGGUGAAGAUAAGGUACUUGAAUUUUGUGGGUGUUGAGUUUUCUAAAUUUCUUUUUAUUUCCCCCUUUAAUUUCUCUAUUUCGUGGAUUUGGAGUUGGUGGGGGCUGUUUCUUUUAUGGAAUUUGGAUGGUAAAUGUGUAACUGAUUUGACUCUGAAAAUGCCUCAAUGAGAUGUGAGUCGGUUGGUGCACUCUUUUUCAUAUUUGGCCCUUUCAGCUUUGAGUUAGGUUUUCGGGUCAAAAUUUACAAUGUUUUGCAAAUACUUCAGGGUAGUGGUAGUAGCCUAGUACAUAUAUUUUGUUUCAAUUUGGAAGGUUUCUGAAGAAGAUGAGUUGCUCGUUACAUUUUGAAUUGUUUUAGCUUCAAGUUGUCACUGUACAUGAAUAGGAAUGAAUGAAUUAUG